CAUACCUAAUUUUUAAAAAAUUGAUAGAUUUUAAUUUUUAGACAAGCUGUGGUGCUCACAGCAAAACUGAGCUGAAAGUUUGCACAGUCCCAAGAUACUCUCCCUCUGCACCCAUCUCCCCGGGGAGUGGUCUGUCUUUAUAGUCCAUGAGCCUCUGUCACAUCAUCAUAGUUAUCACCCAAAGCACUUCUUUUACUCACCCUCCGAGGAGUUGUGUGGAAAGGCUAAUCCCUUUCCUCCUGCUGGUGCUGUGGUGCUGCCUUGCAGCCUCCAGGCCUCCUGGAGCAGCAGCUCUACCUCUUGGGUGGGAAGCUUGGGAAGGUUGGGAAGGUGGAAUUGACGCCACCUGAGAGCUGAGCCUGGAGUGGCCCUCCUGUUGCUGUGUCUUCUGGCCCAAGGCCCUGGGGACUGACACUGCUGGUACCAGGCCUCCUCAGCUGCGCCAUGGCCACCCCAGAUGUGAGCGUCCACAUGGAAGAGGUGGUGGUUGUGACAACCCCGGACACUGCAGUGGAUGGCAGUGGUGUGGAGGGGGUGAAGACGGUGCUGGUGACAACCAACUUGGCUCCUCAUGGGGGUGACCUGACAGAGGACCACAUGGAGACAGAGAGUGCAGCUGCUGCAGCCGCUGCUGCCUUCACAGCCUCCUCACAGCUCAAGGAAGCCGUGCUAGUGAAGAUGGCGGAAGAGGGUGAGAACCUUGAGGCUGAGAUCGUGUACCCCAUCACCUGCGGGGACAGCAGGGCCAACUUGAUCUGGAGGAAGUUUGUGUGUCCUGGUAUCAAUGUGAAGUGUGUUCAGUAUGACGAGCAUGUGAUCAGCCCGAAGGAGUUUGUGCAUCUAGCGGGGAAGUCCACCCUGAAGGACUGGAAGAGGGCCAUCCGCAUGAACGGCAUCAUGCUCAGGAAGAUCAUGGAUUCUGGGGAGCUGGACUUCUAUCAGCAUGACAAGGUCUGCUCCAACACCUGCCGCAGCACCAAGAUUGACCUCUCGGGGGCCCGUGUGGCCCUUAGCAGCCCUGCAUCUGCCGAGUACAUCCCCAUCACGCCAGCUGCGGCUGAUGUGAAUGGGUCUCCCGCGACCAUCACUAUAGAGACCUGUGAGGACUCUGGCGACUGGACGGCGGCCAUUGGAGAUGACACGUUUGCCUUCUGGCGGGGUCUGAAGGACGCAGGCCUGCUGGAUGAGGUUGUGCAGGAGUUCCACCAGGAGCUAACGGAGACCAUGAAGGGCUUGCAGCGGCGAGUCCAAGACCCCCCCUUGCAGCUCCGAGAUGCUGUGCUCCUCAACAACAUUGUGCAGAACUUCGGCAUGCUGGACCUGGUGAAGAAGGUACUGGCCAGCCAUAAGUGCCAGAUGGACCGCUCACGGGAGCAGUAUGCCCGGGACCUAGCAGCCUUGGAGCAGCAGUGUGACGAGCACCGCCGUCGUGCCAAGGAGCUCAAGCACAAGUCACAGCACCUUAGCAACGUGCUCAUGACACUGACGCCCGUGUCCCUUCCCCCCCCAGUGAAGCGGCCCCGGCUGGCACGGGCCACAUCAGGACCAGCUGCUGUGGCCUCACAGGUGCUCACCCAGUCUGCCCAGAUAGCACUGGGCCCGGGCAUGCCUGUCUCGCAGCUGACCAGUGUGCCACUGGGCAAAGUGGUGUCCACUCUGCCCUCCACCGUCCUGGGCAAGGGCUCCCCUCAGGCUCCUCCUGCCAGCUCGCCCACCUCCCCGCUGCUUGGGGGUUACACAGUCCUGGCCUCCUCGGGCUCUACAUUCCCCAGCACUGUGGAGAUUCACCCGGACGCAUCCAGCCUGACAGUCCUGAGCACGGCCGCCGUGCAGGACGGAAGCACAGUGUUCAAGGUGGUCAGCCCACUACAGCUGCUCACCCUGCCUGGCCUGGGCCCCACCCUACAGAACGUGGCCCAGGCAUCACCUGGGGGCAGCACCAUCAUGACAGUGCCUGCAGGGGCUGCCCCGGGGCCCGAGGAGCACACGGCCACCAUCGAGGUAGCCACCAUGGCAGAGGACCACGAGCAGAAAUAGCUGGCAGAAGUGAGGCCCCUGGGGCGGACAGGGCUGCUGCCUCUCCUCAGAUAGAGCACAGCGCUGUGGCACAGGGCUGGCUCAGGCAGGCGGGUCAUGUGGGCUGCUGAACCAAAGAGAGGAAUCACCAAACAUGCAGAGAAGAGAGAGGCCCAACGAUGACAGCAACCUGGGAAUCGGUCUCCAAGUUUCAAACUUCCUCCCCCUUUUUUCUUGGGAAAUAUAUUUUUCCAUCUGUUGCUUGUUAACGCUGUUGACACACUGGGCCUUGAUUAGGAGCCAGGCGGACAAGGACAGGAGGGCCUGGGUGCUGCCAGGAUGGAGAGAGCAGAGCUGGGCACCAGGCGCCCAAGACCCUGAAGGCACAGGUGGUGCCGCAGCCCCACUGGGCACUCCCAGGUUCAGUGAGGCCUUUGUGCUGGCUGGGCAACAUUACUCACAUGUCUUGGGAACCUCACCCAAGUGUGGAAACCCUGGAUCCUAUGGAUUUGGUUUCUUCCCACAGUUUUCUGUAGGUUUAGUGUAGCUGGCGCCCUGUUCUGCCUGUGUGGGAACAUGCACUGGGGUUGGGGUGCAGAUCGGAGUGGGCUCCCAUCUUCCCACCCAGCAGGUGCUUAGGUGUCUGAGGGGCCGCACAGACUAGGUGUGGUCCAAGCACCAUGGCACUUAUACUGUGGGUAUGUUUAAGUGACUUGUUUUUAAUAGGCUUCUAGGAAGAGUUAAAUUUAUGGCAUUUUCAACCAAAACAAUGCUGAGUGCCUAGGCUUCUCAAGUCAGCUCUGGGGGUGGGCCCGGAGUUUGUGAGUUCACCCAACCAGGUAUGGAGUCCUAAGUGGUCUCCCUUCCUGAGAUGGCCCCUCUGGGGCCUGCAUCCGUGUAGGAUUUGCCAGUGUAUGGCCCCAUGUGCAGCCUGCUGAUGGGGCCACCUGACUCAAGUCCUGAGGCCCCCUGGGAAUGAUAUAUGGUGGCCCUGGUCCAGGGGAGAGCCCAGGGCAGACUGGUUGGGGCCAGCUGGGAAAAGUACAGCCCAGGCACUCCUGCUGGGCUGUCCUACCUCCAGGCCACAGCCCUGGAGCCCGACCUCUCAGGGGCAGCACACCCCAGGGCUCCUACUAUCUCCUGCAGGCUGGAAGUCCCUUUCCUGGGCUCCCUGCAGUGGGAGGCAGCUGCUGUCCUAUUGGCUGCUCUGGAGGGAGCUAUAAAAACCCCCAGUCCAAAUAUCCAUCCAUGGAGUGCCCUGGGCCCCCCUUAGCACUGCUGUGAUGGGGCCUGUCCUGCCCCACCCUUGUCAGGCUACUGAGUUUUUCUCUUUUUUGCUUUCUUCCUAUUGCAUUUCUGUGUGUUGUCACGAGUCAGCUGGUCAGCUGGUUUAUGUGUUUGUGUACAUAUUCCUUUUUUAAACUCAUUUUUACUCAAGUGUGAAUCCUGUCAUGGGCGGCCGUGUGGCCCUGGGCAUCUGCAGGACCCUUUUCCCACCCACCAGCUCAGCUGUAUGACCAUGGGGCUCUCAGUCCCGAGAGCUGGGACUUCCACAGGCUUCCCCUUGUCAGGGUUACAUGUGCAUCUCCCUUCACAGCUGCUCCCAAUUUGAACUCAAAGUGAGUUGUGGGUCCGUUCUUUCUUUCCAUCGAAAGGCAAGGGUGGGACCUGUUCUGCCCCUGCCCCUCAGUUGUAGGAGACUGACCACAAGGUUGAUGUCGGAGCCCUGUAGGAAUAACCCUCAAACCAGCUUUGGGAUUAGCCCCCAGCUGCCCAUUCUAGUGGGCUGGGUGGCCAUUCCCAGGGCUCCCACAAAGCCACAUGCAGCUGCUCUUGGCAGGGGCUCCAUCCUCAGGGUUGUUGGCACUGCCUUUGUUCCCACUGGCAGGCCCCCGUGCCCCUCCAGGUCCUCUGGGCUCCCCAGAUGGCUGCACUCCUGGGACCUCUUGGUCCUGCCCAUUGGGGUCUGACCAGGACCCAGAAGGGAAGGCCUCUCAGCCACCUGCCAAACACGGGUUUUGUGGCUGCCUUUGGUCUGGUGUUCUGAGCAGUAGGUUGGGUUGGUUUUUCAGAGAGGGUAAGAACUCCAUAUGCUCAAAGGCACCCUGGGGAAGGGCCACGUUUGAGUUCUGCUUUGUAUGUUGUUUUUGCAAGUAUCUGCUUGGUACUUUGAUUUAAAAUAAAAACAUUUUUCAUA